CAGUAACAUGUGAGGGAUGCAAAGGAUUCUUUAAAAGAAGUAUACGAAAGAAUUUAGUUUAUUCCUGCCGAGGAACAAAAGACUGUGUUAUUAACAAACAUCACAGGAACAGAUGUCAGUACUGUAGGCUGCAACGAUGUAUUGCUUUUGGAAUGAAACAGGAUUCUGUUCAGUGUGAGAGGAAGCCUAUUGAAGUAUCACGAGAAAAAUCUUCAAAUUGUGCAGCUUCUACAGAAAAGAUCUACAUCCGGAAAGAUCUGCGCAGUCCAUUAGCUGCAACUCCAACUUUUGUAACAGACCAUGAAACAGCAAGGUCAACAGGCCUACUAGAGUCAGGAAUGUUUGUUAAUAUUCAUCAGUCUGGAAUAAAAAGUGAGCCUGCCGUGCUGAUGUCACCAGAUAAGGUUGAUGCAUGUCAAGGAGAUUUAAGCACGCUGGCAAAUGUGGUAACUUCAUUAGCAAAUCUCAGUAAAUCCAAAAACAUGUCUCAAAGUAGUGCUGAGGUAUCUAUGAUUGAAAAUUUAAGCAAUGGAGAUACGUCGUUGUCUGAACUCCAGCAAGAAGAACAAGCAAGCAGUGAUGUCACAAGUGCACCAAAAGAGGGAGAGAGGAUGCUGAAGAAUAUAACACUGUGUGAUUAUGUACUUCAAGACUCUGUGAUGAAUGCUUAUAAGAACCCAGACAUAAGGUUGCACAGAAAGGAGGACAUGGACCUAUGGCUUGAAGUUGCAGCAAAGGCAUUCGAUACUCUUGCAAAAGCAUUAAAUCCUGGAGAGAAUGCAGCAUGUCAAAAUUCAGAAAGUAUUGAAGCUAGCGUACAUUUGCUUGGUGGAGAAGCAAGCAUGAAUAUUGUUGAAAUAGAAGGGCCACUUCUCAGCGAUGCACAUGUAGCUUUCAGGCUCACCAUGCCUUCUCCUAUGCCUGAAUACCUGAAUGUUCAUUAUAUCUGUGAAUCAGCUUCCAGACUGCUCUUCUUGUCCAUGCACUGGGCACGUUCCAUUCCUUCCUUCCAAGCCCUAGGGCAAGAUAACAGCAUAUCGUUAGUAAAAGCCUGCUGGAAUGAACUUUUUACUCUUGGUCUUGCACAGUGUUCACAAGUGAUGAAUGUGGCAACUAUAUUAACUGCAUUUGUUAAUCACCUUCAUAGUAGUUUACAGCAAGAUAAGUUGUCAUCCGACAGAGGAAAGCUAGUGAUGGAGCAUAUCUUUAAACUGCAGGAGUUCUGUAACAGCAUGGUUAAGCUUUGCCUAGAUGGAUAUGAAUACGCUUAUCUGAAAGCAAUCGUCCUCUUCAGUCCUGGGACCCUGCCUCAUCUGAUUCAGAAGUUGGAAGAUCAUCCAGGUCUAGAAAAUGUAAUACAGAUUGAGAAGUUUCAAGAAAAGGCUUACAUGGAGUUUCAGGAUUAUGUAACAAAAGCAUAUCCAGAUGAUACUUACAGGCUGUCUAGACUUCUUCUCAGACUGCCUGCACUGAGAUUGAUGAGUGCUGCCAUCACAGAAGAAUUGUUCUUUGCAGGAUUAAUUGGAAAUGUUCAAAUUGACAGCAUCAUCCCAUAUAUUCUUAGAAUGGAGACAGCAGACUACAACUCUCAAAUAAUUGGUCAUGCUGUAUAAAAGUGGAAACCAAGGAUUGUAUACCAUGGCAGUCACAGGAUAUGCAUACUCUGUCUCCAAGAGAUGGCAAGAAGCCUUCCCAUGCAACUUUAAAAGAAGGCUAAAAUUUUUCCUUUUCAGCCCACUUGGGAAAUGCAGUGGAGUGUCUUAAGGAAUGUAGGACGGCUUCCUUUAUGCAUCUGGUUUUCAAGGACCUGUAAAUUACUUAGCAUCUAAAGAAAAUCAAGAAUUGCUCAUCCUAUUUUUGUAGAUAGAGGAACCCAACAUAUUUGUUUAUGAAUUCCAAAACAAACAGAAAACUCCAGCCCCCUGAAGAAGAAACACAAAGCCUUGACUGAACUGAAAUGUCACAACCUAGUCCAAUGUUUUAAGUUAAAUAAAUGAACCUUCUUGGAAUUUUGUUUUCAGUGUUUUGCUACUAGUCCAUUCUCACUGACUGAAUGAAACAGGCUGGUCAGAAAUCUUGAAAAGGCCAAAGUAUUUCUGUUGAAAUGAAUCCUUUUUAAUAAAAUUCUCUUUUUUAGCAACUUCGGGAAAAGCUGUUCUUGUUGAAUGAAACUGUUGAUAUCAUUAAAAGUACAGGGAAAUCAUAGAAAGCUCUCUGCUUUUUUAAACAUUCUGUUUAUACCUCGAUACAGUUGGUUAAAGUGCACCUCCAUUGCCAGCAAUGAGAUCCAUAUUGAUGACUAGCGGUUUUCUGGAUAUCAGGGGGCUAAUGCAUUCUAAUGUUGUAUAGUGGUACGUAGCAGCUGGUUGUCUUAUACUGUGGAAAACUAAUGUAAGAAUAAACUCUGUCCACGAGGUAGUUUAUGAUGUCAAUUUCCAGUUGUGUUUUUCUAACUGAACACAUUCACUACUGUUUGAGCGUAGUGCACAGACUGGCAGGCCAUCACACUGCUGUUCAUCCUGAUCUGAAGCUUGGGUCCCAGAAAUGCAGGUUUUGGUCUCUUCACUGUUUGCCUCUCCUAAGGUUUGCAUAAAUCCAUAGGCAGAUCCAGGAUUUUGAAAAGGGAAUCGUAACCAGUAUAGCAGGGGUGACUGCAUCUCCUACUUCCAGACCACCGCACAAGAGCAACAGCCAGGGACAUUUUUUAAGUCCCCAAAUUGUGUAUCUCCACCCUACCAUGCCCUACUCUCAGCAGCAUCCCCCUUCCCUUUCAUGCUCAGCAGCACCUCACCUCCCCUUCCAUUCCCUCCACCCCACGCUUAGGCCUGUGGCUGUGCGAAGCGGGGUGCUACCUGCUGCUACAGCUAUCCCAGCUGUUCCCGCCCUGCGUUAGCAGGGCUGCAGGAAAGCAGCUGCAUGGCCUCAGACAGGGGAGUGGUGAGUGCAUUCUUGCUCCAUGCCCCAGCUGCCAGGCUGGCAGGGAACACCUGGGGGCCUCUGGAGAUCCACCUGCCCCCAACUCGGCUGGGAACAACCUCAGUGGGAAUAGGGAGAGGGGGGAUGGGAAGGAAAGGGAGGUGACACUGAGCACAGGAAGAGAGGGGUGCUGGAAGGGAGAAAGAUCCUUUCCUGCUUCAGGGACUUAAAGAAUCCCUGGCUGCUGCUCCUGCAGUGUGGUUUGAAAUUGGAGAGGGGGCGGAUUGUUAGAUGGCACCAUGGCGUCCCCUCUAGAUCUACCUCUGAAUAAAUAAUUUCCAGUUCUUAGAAUACAGAUUCAUGCUUCUGAAAAGGAGCUUUCAGACAAUUGAUUUGUUUAGUAAGAUGGAUAGUCCUAAACUGUUGAAACAGAUCCAGGAAUAUAGGGAUUGUUUAAUUCUUGCAUCAAUGUUGUUCAUUUAUCUGCAGUUAUUUUAACUUCUAGAAAUCUGCAAGUUAAGAUUGGAGGUUAGGUUUUAAAUCUACUGCUGCUCAGAUAAACGGACCACCUUCCAACUCAAGCCCUCUGCUUUUCUAAAAACCUGUUGACCAAAAAUGACCAGAUAAUCUCUCGUUACUGCCAGUCUGAUUUGUUUUCAGUUCCAUUCUAGGGAAUAGUUUUUCUGAGCCACUCUGAUGUUGGAGAAAGACUAGCCAUUUUCAUUCUUGAAUUGUACUGUCCGAUAGCAUCACUGCACCAAUUACCAAAAAUUAAAACGUGGAAAGUUGCUUUUCCAUGAACGCUUAGAGGCAUUUUUCUUAAAGUCUAGCUGGAUAAGACUUUUCCCCCACCCUUCUUCUCUCCCAGUACAUUAAUUUAUUUUCAGUGUUGAGUCUUCACAAAUCUGACUGGCUUGUAGCCAGUCUAGAUUUACCAAACUCUAGUGUUUGAUUAGCCAAUAAAGAUGGCUCUUUUGCCAGUUGAGGGGUAGGAUUAUUUUGAACAGCUUUAUAAUUUUUGAUUUACAGAGCAAGAAAAAUGAUUUUUAGUAAAAAAAAAUAAAUAAAUAUUUGAAUGGAAAAAUUAAUAGUUUUAUACAUUUCAGAAUCCCAUCAAUUAAAGGUGGGAGCACUGUUCUAAAUAAUGAACUGAAUAGUUAAAAAAAAAACAAAAAACUUUUUCUUAAAAAUGUAUAUUGGACAUAUCUACGUAUAACUAGUCAGUGUAUUUUUACUGAGGGUAUUUACUCGUACAGCUUGUAGUUACAUUUUCAGCUAUUUCAGAAGAAUUUUAUUGCACUGUCAACUGCAACAACAAACCUGUCCUGUCACUACACUUGUUCUGUCUUUGAUCUUGAGUGUCAGUGGAAGUCAUUAGCUUGGUCAUUUUGUUCCAUUUAUACAACUUAACUGGUAGUUCAGUUUUAAUGUAAGCAUUGGAAUGUCACAGUAAUUGUCUUGUUGUUGUAUAAAAGCUACUGUAAAUGUCCUGAAACUUGUCUAAGAUUGUAAAUUCUAUUUUGGCUGUAUUUUUUAAAAUAAAUUGUAACUUUUUAUUAUAGACUACAUAACCCAUCAGUUUGUUAGUUUUUAAUGAAAACGGACAUUGAUCAGAGCAGUGCAUUCAAUUGUAGAGGGGCUGUCCAAUGACAUUCACACUCUUAUUAGGUGGUGUAAUAUUGUCAUUUACAAUACUAGUAUUUUAACUGUUGCUGGUAUCUCACCGUUACCCCUCAGUUUCAUAACCUUUCUUUUCUAAUUAACCUUUGGCUUCUGUGGUUCCUAUCUUUUAGCUGCUGAGUUUGGGUACAUAAUAGAUUUGCUGCUUUAUAAUAAAACUUUUUGACUUAGCAGAAUAAGAUGGCUAAUGCAUUGAUGGCUAGUACACUACUUGCAGUGAAUUCUAAUAAUGGAUUUUCAGGUCACGUGUUCUGUUGAUGUAUGUUUUAAAGGAUAUUUAUUCAGUGCUUCUAGAGCUAAAAGAGUAAGGAUUGGUCUUAGUUUGGGUAGGAAAUACAAAUGCAAUUUUCAGCAGUUUUGAUUCUGGUCUUGGUUUAUGUUGAUUUUAAGCGUGAUUGAAGAAAUUACUGAUCUACUCUGGGCUCCGUGUUUAAUGUUAUAGAGUCCCUAGGAUCCUUCUCCACCCAGAAUUGCUGGUAGGCUUCGUACUGGUAGCCUAAACACUUUAAACAUUAUUUUUAGUUCUUUUCAAUCAAAGGACGGGUUUCUGAAUGUAAGCUAAUUCAGUGUCUGCCUGAGACUGCAGAAAACCCAUCUGUUUCAAGAAGCUCUUAAGCCUGAAAUACAUGUCCCAAUAUAAAUACCUGUAUGACCUAUUUGCUGCCUGCUUUCAUGGCAGAUGCAUCCAGUCAGUGUUGAGUGCAGUGAGAGAUCUGGGUGACUGGUUGCAAGAGCAGGGAAUGGAGAGUUGGACCACUGCCAGCCAAACCAAACCCCUGGCUGCCUGCUAGCUGCCAAAGCCGAGUUCUUCUCAACCCUACCACAGAGUCCUGUUCUCCAGCUACCUCACCAGCUGCAGUGCUUCCUCUCUCUCUGCCCUGCUUCUCAAUCCAUGUUCCUUCCCACAGUCCUCCAACACAUGCGACAUUAAAUGGAGGGCUGAAGAAGAGAGGUUUUGACAGGAGUGCUUCCCUGGUGAAUCACAGAAAACAGUUGGAGCACAGCUCCCCUCCAGCUUUGGCACCUUUCUGCCACAGCAAAAACACUACUUCUUCCACCAUUGUUUGCUACCACAUGCAUCCUCCAUACUUGUCCCCUGUUCUUUCCUACUCGCCCCCUGUACUUCUAGCAUAUUUUUAACUCGCCAUCUAUCCUUUUUAACUCAUCCCUUCCUCGUCCUGCCCCUUGUUUAAUUUCUCUCAUAUAUAAGUGUCACAUGAAAACAUUGAUACCUUUCCCUUCUACUAAACACUCGCAUGUAAGGCCCUCCUAACCUCAUAUGUAUUUAGCUACAACUGGUACGUUUGACAGCUGGCAUUUUGCUCAACAAGCAGGCAUGGGCAACCUUGACCCAUGCUCUGCUCCACCGGCUGCAAAGCUGAGCUACCAAGCAUCAAAGGCUGCACAUGUCUUGUAAGCUCACUAUUACUUGUCCUUCCUUAUGUGGACGUAAGGAACAAUCGAUUGCCACCCUUUUACGACAGGCUUUUCUAGUUGAAGACUCUGCUAGACUGAGAAAAGUGGGGAGAAGGAAUAAACACAGAGCCAACUGCAAGUGCAAUCAGAAAAAAAAAUUGCAAGGAUCAGCUCAGCUUGGCAACCAGAUGUGCACAAAGUGCCUACAAAUCCUCAUGGCAAAAUCCAAACACCAUGAAUAAGUCUUGGUUUUGUUCUCUGUGUUUUUCUUGUAGCUAUCAGACUUGGCAAUGCCAUGUUGCUGGCGCUGUCCCCCAAAGGGAAACCAUGUCGUGGCAAGAUGGAAAAUGAGAUCUACUUGGUGGGACUCCCACUAGUCUUCCUACAAUGGAAGUAGCAAGAUGCCAAGAUGUUUGUCCCAGCAGGAUACCUCUCCUUUAAGUUUUGAAGGUCCCCUCUCAGCCAGGCACGGCAGCGUCGUGCCACUGGUUUUCACACUAAACGUGGUUCGGAAAGGGGGUGCUGGCACGUCUCUGCUGCGGCCUGAGGCUCAGGAGCGUUUUUCUCCCACCAACGUUUUUUCUUUUUUUGUUGGGUGAAGCUGCGUUUGUACUUGUUGCUUUGCUCUGAGGUAUCUAGCAAGGCGCUCCUCCGCUGGGGGCCACAGGAUGAAUUCAAGGGUGUUUUGCACCAGCGCUGCAUGAGUCUAUUGGGGGGAAGGGAGCGGGGGUCCAUCCCAUGACGUAAUGACGUCCGAAGUGGUGGUGCUGGUCAGUUACGGGCGAGGGGGCGUGGGCUUUACCUCAGGAAGGCAAGUGCCGGUGCCUCACUAGUACAGUUGAAACCCCCGCUGGACUGCUGCGCAAAUGGGAUUCGGCAUUUACUAGAGAGUGCAACAAAUGCCUCCCCGUUCAUCUCCCGGGGCCUCCACAGGCUCCUGGAGGUGCGGACCUUGGCGUGCUGGAGGCUGGCAGCCCGCACUGAGCAGCACCGCCGGGGCGGAGCUUCCCAGGGGCCCCGCCCCCUCGGCUUCACCUCCUCCUCCUCCUCCCCCCAACGGUGCGGCCGGGCGGGAAGAUGGACAGCGGCUUGCCCCAAUCAAUGAGCAAGCCUGCGGACUUCCUCCCAAUCAACUGCCCGGCGGGGUGGGCCCCGCCCAGUCCCUGGGGAGUUGCAGCUCUCCAAGACAAUAAGACGUCGAGGACGUAUUCGAACCCUGCGUAGUGGCU